AUGAUCACCGAAGACAACUGGAUUCGGAUCGGACGACCAUCAACUAAGCCACCUUCACAACAAACCCGGACGGCUUCAGGUCAACCGCAGCCGCUCAUCGCAGUAAUUGAUUGUGACGUUAUGCUGAGAGGAGUUCAUCGUUCAGGCCUCGACUUUAUCGAACUCUUCAACCUGUGGCACGUUCCCCUGAGCACGGUCUGCAACAACGUCAUGACAAACGUUCAAUGGUCGAAAAUAUCGUUUCCGCAACUGUUUUUGGAUUCACUGGGUUACUGCAAUAAAACAGAAGCAAAACUUUAUGUGAAGCCGGAUGUUCAGCCCGUUUUCCGUGGUAAAAGACCUGUUCCGUUUGCCGCACUUGAACCGAUCGAGACUGAGCUAAAACGAUUGGAAGAGUUAGAAAUCAUUUCGCCGGUGGAGUUCUCUGACUGGGCGGCACCCAUCGUUGCCAUUAGUAAGAAAGCAGUGAACGGACAGCCACCGAGACAUCCUCCCCCGCUCCCCGAGGAAAUUUUUGCCAAAUUCUCCAGCAGCAUAGUUUUCUCGCACAUCGAUCUAUCGGAUGCGUAUUUGCAAAUACCGGUCGAGAAAGAUUCCAGACAGUACCUAACGAUCAAUACUCAUCGCGGAUUGUUUGAGUUUAAUCGCUUGCCACCGGGUGUCAAACGUGCCCCUGGCACGUUUCCAACGAUCUUCGACGCCAUGGUAGCUGGUUUGGAAGGUGUUGAAACGUACCUUGUGAACGGAAAGGACGCCAAGGAACAUCGAGUCCGUCUUUUGAAGCUUCUGAAGCAAAUCCACUGUCAGGAUCCGGACCGAUCCUGUCAAAACAGCAGCGCUAUGUAA